UGUUUCGGGUGUCCGAUGUUUCCAGUCCCCACCAUUACUAUUUGAGGCCGCUUUUUGAUAAAUAAUUAGAUUUAUGUUUGAUUUCAAUAAUUCGUAUAAUUUUGUUUUUUUUGAGAUUUGUUAAAUUGAAUUGAAUAUAUUUAAACCAUCGAACAUGACCUGGGGAUUUGUGACUUGUGGUCCUAAUGAAGCGCUUGUUGUUUCGGGAUGCUGUUAUUCCAAGCCCCUUUUGGUACCGGGUGGGCGAGCAUUUGUCUGGCCGGCAAUUCAACGUGUACAAAGAAUAUCACUUAAUACAAUGACCCUGCAAGUAGAGUCUCCCACAGUUUAUACGAUUCAGGGUGUGCCCAUAUCUGUGACUGGCAUUGCGCAGGUUAAAAUCCAGGGUCAGAAUGCUGAGAUGCUUCUUUCGGCUUGUGAGCAGUUCUUGGGUAAAUCAGAGCAAGAAAUUCAACAUAUAGCCCUUGUGACUCUAGAAGGUCAUCAGCGUGCUAUUAUGGGUUCAAUGACAGUAGAAGAGAUAUACAAGGAUAGAAAAAUAUUUUCAAAAAAAGUAUUUGAAGUCGCCUCCAGUGAUCUUAUCAACAUGGGUAUAACCGUUGUCUCCUAUACUCUUAAAGACAUUAGAGAUGAAGAGGGAUACCUAAAGGCACUAGGUAUGGCGCGUACGGCAGAAGUGAAAAGGGACGCUCGUAUUGGGGAGGCUGAAGCCCAUGCUGAAGCCAGAAUUAAGGAGGCAAUGGCUGAGGAACAAAGAAUGGCAGCGAGGUUCCUCAACGACACUGAAAUAUCGAAAGCACAAAGAGAUUUCGAAUUGAAAAAAGCCGCCUAUGAUGUGGAAGUUCAAACCAUAAAGGCGGAAGCGGAAAUGGCGUACGAGUUGCAAGCUGCGAAAACGAAGCAACGCAUUAAAGAGGAACAAAUGCAAAUAGCGGUUGUCGAACGUACCCAGGAGAUCAAUGUUCAGAAAUGGGAAGUUCAACGGCGUGAGAGAGAGUUGGAGGCCACUGUUCGCAAACCAGCGGAGGCAGAAAAGUUCCGUUUGGAGAAGAUGGCCGAAGCUCACCGGCUGAAGACUGUUCUUGAAGCGGAGGCCGAAGCAGAGGCGGUCAAAGUUCGCGGAGAGGCUGAAGCGUUCGCUAUUAAAGCCAAAGCAGUGGCCGAUGCCGAACAAAUGGCGAAGAAAGCAGAUGCGUGGGACGAAUAUGGAUCCGCUGCGAUGAUUGAUAUGAUGCUGGACACUUUGCCAAGGGUUGCUGCUGAAGUCGCCGCUCCAUUAUCUCAAGCCCGUAAAGUUACAAUGGUCUCCUGCGGUGACGGUGAAGUUGGUGCUGCUAAAUUAACAGGCGAAGUGCUGAGCAUUGUCCAAAGCAUCCCGGACCUUGUCAAAGGCGUCACAGGCGUUGAUAUCUCCAAGAUAAAGGGUAUAACGGAGCCGACGUCAGUCCCCACGCCAACGGCUCGAGGUGACUCCGCGCGGAAAGCGCGAUAACUUGAAUUGGUCUCAAUUAGAUAAUGGUCGUCGAGGGUCUCGGCUCCGUUUAAACAAUUAGUGGUAAAGAGUGUACAAGCUUGAAUUAAAUGUAUUGCAAUAUUCUAUACUUAACUUCCAACGAUUCAAGUGCUACUUCUACUCUGUACGAACAAAUCUAUUUAUAGCUAGAUUUGAUUAUUGUGUCGAUGUUUUAUGAAUUAUCUUUUGUAUGACUAUGAGUACAAAAGGGCCAGGAAUGAGGACUCGGUGGGUGGUGGGUGGAACGAAUUGUUAAAGCGUGAAAAAAUUACGACCAAUCGCCUAAUGUUCUCAGUAGCUUACAAAUGACUGUUAUACUAAUGAAAAUACCUAUAUUUUUUUAUUUAGCUGUCGUUAGGAUAUUUAAGACUAUUUGGUGUUCAAAUGAGGCAGUGUAGAAAUUCUUAUGGUAACUUAGCGUGUUUGUAGACGUUAUUUUUUAAAUUUUUCUAACGAGAUUGAUAUUGUAUACUAAAUUCAUUUAAGUCAUAGCUGUACAAAUAUUAGCAUAAGCGCUGGUUCAUACUUGAACCUAGACCUUACUAAGUGAGGGUAAGUCAUAGUAGGAACGAUGUUAGAACCCAAUGUGUAUUCCAUUUCAUAAGAGAUUCCCAUGCCCAUUUGGUAACAGAUUAUAUUAUUUUUUAUGACCAGAAUUCCACUAACAAGACUUAUUCGUCGUGUCGUGGAGAAGAUAAAAUGGAGUCAUGUUGUUUAAGAUACUAAGUUACAAUAGUAAGCAAUCGAAGUGAGCUAUUAGUAUAAGAGUAUGUAAUUGCUAAAUAGUAUAUAAUUAACUGAAGAACACACGUUUUUAAUAAACGUGCAUGAAGCCCGAAUAAUUGAAUGAAACUUAUUUCAGAUAAUGGUAGGUUCAUGUAACACUGAUAGCCUUACUGUGUGAACUAGCGCUAUAUUAAUCUUCAAUAGUCAACUUUAAUGAGGUUGCUGAAUUACUAUAACCGUUGGAUAAUAAGACCUUUGAAUGAACUUUAGAAUAUUAAAAAUGUACAAAUAUCAAAUAACUCGCCGGGGCAUAACGUGUCAAUAUCAUUUGUAUCGCACAAUAAAUCUUAUUUACAUAAUAAUAUUGACACAGCAUUUAUCGACUAUUACAACUGUAUUUAGUUUUAAGCGAUGUAAGAUCUCUAUUUUAAAUAGAUUUCGGUAACAAAAUUACUAAUUUGUCAAUCAUCUUGUGACUUGUAAGUUUUUGUCGUGUGUUUUCUUCAUUCUCCAAAAGUCGGCUAUAAGAUCUUUUUAGGUGUAUUAGACUUGGACUAAGAAAGCCCUUUUUAUUUAUAUCAUACAUGAUAAAUGAUUUUUCUUACUGUGUUUCUUCUAAAUUUCUUUUAAUAUAUUUUGUAUAUUUACUAAAACAUUUAGUAUGCAUCCUUAAUAUUUGGGUUACUGAAAUUGUUGUCCGGUGCCAUAUUUUAUACCUAAUUUAUUUGUUUUUAUUAUUUAAGCAGAUUUUAUAGAUUUAAGUUGCAGUAUGAAUAUAUUAAUAACACAGGUUUAAAAGAGCUGUUGUAUUUUAGUGAAUCUCAUUUGGAAAAGUAUCUUCAAACUACCGCCUCAAGUGUUUUAUUUUGGGAUUUAUUUAAAAAAGAUUUUUAGAGUGUUUUCUUAUUCAUCUUGGCUGGCACACCUGUUAGCAUUAAUAUGUUCAACUAAGAGCGUGGUUACCACCGAUUGUAAUUAUUUUAUUUAUACAAAGAAUGUGAAAGUUACUAAAGUUCAUUGAGAUAUUGGCUUUAGCAGCCAACUUUUUCUGUUGGAAAAUAAUAACUUCAUAUUACAUUCUUCAUUCCGAAUAAUUUAGAAUAUCGCACUGAGUGGCACAACUGUGUGUUUUCACAUUUUUAUGCAUGUGUAUUGACGUGAUUUCUAUUCGUAUUAUAUUCAGAAACUACA